AUGGCCUCGGAGACCUUUGAAUUUCAGGCUGAGAUCUCUCAACUCCUCUCCCUCAUUAUCAACACCGUCUACUCCAACAAAGAGAUCUUCUUGCGAGAGAUAAUCUCCAACGCCUCCGAUGCAUUAGACAAGAUUCGAUAUGAAGCUCUCUCCGACCCGAGCAAACUGGAUUCCGGUAAGGACCUGAGAAUCGACAUCAUCCCCGACAAAGAGAGCAAAACCCUCACCAUCCGUGAUACCGGUAUUGGCAUGACCAAAGCUGAUCUCGUCAACAACCUCGGUACCAUUGCUCGCUCGGGCACCAAGCAGUUCAUGGAAGCAUUGACUGCUGGCGCUGACAUUUCCAUGAUCGGUCAAUUCGGUGUCGGUUUCUACUCGGCCUACUUGGUCGCCGACAAGGUCACCGUCGUCUCCAAGCACAACGAUGACGAACAAUACAUCUGGGAGUCUAGCGCCGGCGGCACCUUCACUCUGACUCACGACACGGAAGGCGAGCAGCUGGGCCGCGGGACCAAGAUCGUCCUCCACCUCAAGGACGAGCAGAUCGACUACCUGAACGAGUCCAAGAUCAAGGAAGUCGUCAAGAAGCACUCUGAAUUCAUCUCCUACCCCAUCUACCUCCACGUCCUCAAGGAGACCGAGAAGGAAGUCCCGGAUGAGGAUGCUGCUGAAGAGGCCGAAGAAGAUGAAGAAAAGAAAGCCAAGAUCGAAGAGGUCGAUGACGAUGAGGAGAAAGAGAAGAAGCCCAAGACCAAGAAGGUCAAGGAGUCCAAGAUUGAGGAGGAAGAGCUGAACAAGACCAAGCCCAUCUGGACGCGCAACCCCUCCGACAUUACCCAAGAAGAGUAUGCUUCCUUCUACAAGUCCUUGUCCAACGACUGGGAGGAUCAUUUGGCUGUCAAGCACUUCUCCGUCGAGGGUCAGCUUGAAUUCCGAGCCAUCCUCUUUGUUCCCAAGCGUGCUCCCUUCGACCUCUUCGAGACCAAGAAGACCAAGAACAACAUCAAGCUCUACGUCCGACGUGUUUUCAUCACCGAUGAUGCGACGGACCUGAUCCCUGAGUGGCUUGGCUUCAUCAAGGGCGUGGUCGACUCGGAGGAUCUUCCUCUCAACCUGUCUCGGGAGACCCUUCAACAGAACAAGAUCAUGAAGGUCAUCAAGAAGAACAUCGUCAAGAAGUGCCUCGAGCUCUUCAACGAAAUCGCCGAGGACCGUGACCAAUUCGACAAAUUCUACUCUGCCUUCAGCAAGAACAUCAAGCUUGGUAUCCAUGAGGACUCUCAGAACCGCCAGGCUCUUGCCAAGCUCCUUCGGUUCAACUCGACCAAGUCCGGCGAGGAGGCCACGUCUCUGACGGACUACGUCACCCGCAUGCAAGAGCACCAGAAGCAAAUCUACUACAUCACUGGUGAAUCUCUCAAGGCCGUUCAGAAGUCUCCCUUCCUCGACUCCCUCAAGGAGAAGAACUUUGAAGUCUUGUUCUUGGUCGAUCCUAUUGACGAGUAUGCCAUGACUCAACUCAAGGAGUUCGACGGCAAGAAGCUUGUCGACAUCACCAAGGACUUUGAGCUGGAGGAGACCGACGAGGAGAAGAAAGAACGUGAGAAGGAAGAGAAGGAGUUCGAGGGUCUUGCCAAGAGCCUCAAGAAUGUCCUUGGCGACAAGGUCGAGAAGGUUGUCGUCUCUCACAAGCUCAUCGGCUCUCCUUGCGCCAUUCGAACUGGCCAAUUCGGCUGGUCUGCCAACAUGGAACGUAUCAUGAAGGCCCAGGCUCUCCGUGACACUUCCAUGUCCUCCUAUAUGUCCUCCAAGAAGACUUUCGAGAUCUCUCCCAAGUCUCCCAUCAUCCGUGAACUGAAGAAGAAGGUUGAAACUGAUGGCGAGAACGACCGCACCGUCAAGUCGAUCACUCAACUCCUCUUCGAAACUUCACUCCUUGUGUCUGGCUUCACCAUCGAGGAACCCGCCGGCUUCGCCGAGCGCAUCCACAAGCUCGUGUCGCUGGGCUUGAAUGUCGAUGAGGAGGCCGAGACUUCCGAGGAGAAGGCCGAGGAAGAAGCCCCUGCUGCUGAGGCCACUGGUGAGAGCACCAUGGAAGAAGUUGACUAA